AUGAAAUCGGAGAUUAUAGCUCCUCCACACAUGGCGUAUAACUCAAAUUCGAGGGGGUUAAAUGUUCAGAAACACAAACUUUGCGGCGAAACUGUAAAUAUUAGCUUCUUUGGGGUUCUCUUUUGUUUUCUCUCUCUCUCUCUCUCGCUGUGGUUUGAUAAUUUGAUACUCUCCAGAAAGAUUGAGAAUGGUGCGUCGUAUAUUAUAUAG